CAAAGCAAAUAUGACAAUAAUUAUAGUUUUUUUUCUUAUCAAAGACAAUAAUUAUAGUUAUAAUUAAGCCGCCAACAAGCUUAAAAAACAAAUACAACAAGUUAUUUUUAAUAUGACAAAAUUAUAUACAACAUUACAUAUAUAUAGAUGCGUGGGUGUAUAAAACCCAAGAUGCGUAUUUGAAUCUUUCUCUCUCUCUUUCUCUCCUCUGUGCUAAAAUGGGUUCUACGGAUAAAGCCAUUUCUUAUGGCUCUGCAUUAGUGUUAUCGCUGCUGCUUCUUCUUCUUCCUCUGCUUCACGAAGCUGAAGGGUGUGAUAUGUUCACGGGACGAUGGGUGGAGGACGCUUCCUACCCACUCUACGAUCCCUCCGCAUGUCCUUUCAUACGACGCGAGUUCGCUUGCAAGAGAAACGGACGGCCUGAUCUCGAUUACCCUACCUUCAGAUGGCAACCUCAGGGCUGCAAAUUAGCACGGUUCAAUGGAGUUGAGUUUUUGGAGAAAAACAAAGGGAAGAAGAUAAUGUUUGUUGGUGAUUCACUUAGCCUAAAUCAGUGGCAAUCUUUGACAUGUAUGCUUCACUCAUCUGUUCCCAAUUCUCCUUACAACAUAACAACACAAGGCACUAUCACAACCUUCACAUUCCAGGAGUAUGGAAUGGAAUUGAAGCUUGAUAGGAACGUGUAUUUGGUAGAUAUAGUGAGGAAGAAGAUUGGGAGAGUGUUGAAACUUGAUUCGAUCAAUGACGGACAUAAUUGGUCAGAAAUGGAUACAUUGAUUUUCAAUACUUGGCAUUGGUGGAGCCGUAGAGGUCCUUCACAACCAUGGGAUUAUAUCCAACUAGGAAGUAACGUUACAAAGGACAUGAACCGUGUGAAAGCAUUCAAAAUCGCACUCGGGACUUGGGGCAAAUGGGUCGAUACUGUUGUGGAUACUCAGAAAACUAGAGUCUUUUUCCAAGGAAUUUCACCAUCUCAUUACAAAGGGGCUUUAUGGGGUGAACCAACGGCAAGGAGUUGCGCAAAACAGAAUAAACCACUUUUGGGGACAAGUUAUCCAGGAGGAUUGCCUGCUGAAGUUGGAGUUCUGAAGCGAGCACUUGGGAAAAUAUCAAAACCGGUGACACUGCUAGACAUUACAAUGCUUUCAUUGCUUCGCAAAGAUGGCCACCCUUCGAUAUACGGUCUAGGAGGCCGAACCGGCAAUGACUGCAGCCACUGGUGUCUUUCUGGGGUACCAGAUACUUGGAAUGAGAUUCUUUACAACUAUAUGGCUUAGUAAAAACAUUUUAAACAUAGAAAAAAAAACAUAGCAUAUUUGUUAAUGUUUGAUUCUGCAUUUGAAUCUUAAUAAGAAGGUACGGCUAUUAAAAGCAUUAAA